GAGGUAAUCAUUGUGAGACCGAUAUGUCACGUGACACUUUCUCACGUGAUUGGGAGGUUUCAAAAUGGCGACCGACAGUCCAGGAUGGGAAUUUGAUAAGUUUGAAGAUGGGUCUUUAAAGAUUGUGGGUGAGCUUCAGUUGAAGAAAUUUGGAGAUUUUUUAAAAGAGUAUGGUGCACAGAUUAAAGAUAUAGAGGAUGCCCUUGGUGAAUAUGUCAGUGAUUCCUGGGACAUGACACUUGACCCAGUUUCUCUGCAGUUUUUACCAUAUGAACAAACUACCCUGUUACAUCUGAUCAAGACAGAUAACAAAAUAUUUAAUAAGAUCAUUACAGUACUUGCCUCCCUUUGUGUGGAACUGCAGUCUUUAAAACAUGAGGCAGAAAGUAAGUACUAUAAUGCACUUGUGUACUAUGGAGAAGGGGAACAAGAAGAAGGUCUCCCUGAAGGAGAGGCUCAGAUUCAGAUUGGUAGAAUGAUACCUUUGUUACAGGAGUUGUCAUGUUUUGUUGUUAGAUGUAAUGAAGUGGUGAAGAAUGUUGUAUGUCAGUUGUCAUGCUUGUACAGUACUGCCAGGGCGGGGCCAAAGCUGAUAGAUGUGACAGAAGUGCAUUUUCAGACUGUAUUUGAACAUGUUGCUGAUAUAUUGGGUGUUAUGAUAACACUAGAUGAGCUGAUACAGACCCAUACCACACUUCUAGACCACUGGACACUCUAUAAAAGGAUGCUUAAAUCUGUAAGACACGAUCCAUCCAAAUUCUCUACCAGUGAUGAUAAAUUACGUCCAUUUGAGAAGUUAAUGAUGACUUUAGAGGGACAAUUAUUGGAUGGAAUGAUUUUUCAGAAUUGUGUGGAGCAAGUAUUUGACAACCAGCAGGUGUUUGUAACAAAGAACACAGUGUUCAUGGAAGAGUUUGCUGUAAAUGUGAGAGAAUAUCUAACAGAAUUAGAGGCUAGAAUAGGUGAAAGUAAUGAAAUUGACCAAAGGUUUAAGUUUGUUGGGGUUUGUGGACUCUAUAUUCUACAUUUUCAACUGUUCAGAGUGACAGACAAAAAAGUUUUCAAAUCACUUUGGGAUGUUCAUAAAAAGAUUCCCGCUAUAAAAUCUGGGGAGGAAAUUUAGUGUUUGGGUUUUCCCAAAACAAAUUUUUUCAAACAAACUGCUCACAUGGUGAAAGUCCUAGACAAGAAGUCUUUGGCCAUGGUCAAACAAAGUCAAGAGUCAUGGUUGCAACAGAAAAACCAAAUGCUUACUAGGGAUGUUCAAGCAUUUCAUGCAACAGUAACAGCUUGGAUGGUUGAAAUGGAGUGUAAUUUACCAAGAGGGAAAACACUAAUGGAGGACUUGAACAGUAGAUCAGUACUACUAAUACAGGGGUUAUUGUAUGGACAGCAGAUUCAACAUUUAGUGAGGACAGUGAUGAACCUACAUGUUUCUAUGCAAAAACCAAUGACCAAAACUGCUGUACUCGCCUUGUGUAAACUUACUGAACUUUUAAAGAAACGUAUUACAUCUGAUAAAAAGUACAGUGAGAGAAAGCUAGAUGUUUUGUCUUCCUUGGUUCUGGCAGAAACAGCUUUGGCUGGUCCAGCAACAAAAGAAAGAAGACUUGUGGCUAGGCUUGCUCUUGCAUUGGGAACCUGUUCCAAAGUGAGGGCAUUUAAAGAAGAUGAACUGGCCAGUUUGUAUGAUAAUUUCAGAAAGCUCGACAUUCUAGCUGACCUUAGAGAAAAAGUCCGUAAAUCAUGUGACUGCAGUUUUCUGUAUUUCCAUCGUGUGAUUAUUCCAAUUUACUUGACAGAAAUGUUUGAAAGUGUCACAGAUACACAUAGAAUACAUUAUAUAGUUGGUGCAUUACGUGACAGUGUACAACCAAUGAUGUAUGUGAGACAUCUGCCAUCACCACAAUACCUACUGGAUUCCUACAAUGAAGAAAUAUACAGCAUGAUAAAGGAGAACCUGCUAGAGCCUCUAUGUCAGGGUAUAGAGACCGAUCUACGUCUACAUAUACAUCUACACCUUCAGCUAGAUGAUAGAAACCCAUUUAAAGUAGGACUAAAAGAUCUCUCCCAACUACUCAAACUUACACCUAUAAGACUGUUUGACAGAUAUAUCAAUGUAAAAGCAUAUGUGGAGCAUUACUUGAACAAGACAUUUUAUAAUCUGACUACUGUGGCCUUACAUGACUGGAAAACUUAUGGUGAAAUGAAGAACAUGGCAGAACAGAAAUAUGGUCUAACUUUAGUAGACACUCACCUGCCUAGUCAAACACUAGAACAGGGGUUAGAUGUGCUGGAGAUCAUGAGAAAUAUCCAUGUGUUUGUCUCCAAGUAUCUUUACAAUCUCAAUAACCAGAUAUUUGUGGAGAGAUCGAGCAACAAUAAACAUUUAAACACCAUCAACAUUAGACAUAUAGCAAACUCCAUCAGAACUCAUGGAACUGGUAUAAUGAAUACUACUGUUAACUUCACAUACCAGUAUUUGAGGAAGAAGUUCUUCAUUUUUUCACAGUUUAUGUAUGAUGAACAUAUCAAAUCCAGGCUUAUUAAGGACUGGAAGUUUUUCAAAGAAAACCAUAUGCAGACAGAUCAAAAGUACCCAUAUGAAAGAGCAGAAAAGUUUAACAAAGGUAUAAGGAAGUUGGGUCUAACCCCUGAUGGGGAGAGCUACCUGGAUCAGUUUAGAACACUUAUAACACAAAUAGGUAAUGCCAUGGGAUAUAUUCGAAUGAUACGUUCUGGUGGACUACACUGUUGUAGUAAUGCUAUCAGAUUUAUACCUGACCUUGAAGAUAUAGAAAACUUUGAGAAACUGUGUCAAGAAGAGGGACUGUCACAGGAAUGCCAAACUGCUGCUAAGAAUCUGGAUAAUGUCAUCACUAACUUAGCUAAGAACUUUGCUGAAGGAACUGAAUAUUUCAAGAUGUUGGUAGACGUAUUUUCUCCAGAGUUCAGAAAUCCCAAAAAUAUGCAUCUUAGAAAUUUCUUUGUUAUCCUGCCACCACUUACUGUGAAUUUCGUAGAACACUCAAUAAGUUGUAAGGAGAAGAUGAGUAGAAAGAACAAAGUAGGAGCUGCCUUUACUGAUGAUGGUUUUGCUAUGGGUCUUGCAUAUAUAUUGAAGUUAUUGGACCAGUACCAUGAGUUUGACUCUCUACAUUGGUUCCAGUCUGUGAGAGAUAGAUAUGCCAAGGAAAAGGAAACUCUUCAGAAGCAACAGCAAGGUGCAUCAAGCAGAUCUGAUGAGAAGCUACAACAAACCAUGUCAUUGACACAGAAACGUCUGGAUGUGUUCCUCAUGGAGUUUGACUUGUUAUUCUACUCACUGAGCAGUGCAAGGAUAUUUUUCCGAGCUGAUAUGACAGCAGCAGAGGAGGAAAAAGAAGAAAAAGACAAAGAUGGUUCAAGCCCAAGUGCUCAAGCUACUGAUGGGUCAGCACCUGUUGCUCCUGAACCACAACCAACACAAGAUGGCGCCCCUCCACCACCCCCACCACCCCCUCCCCCUCCACCAUUUUAGGGAUGAGAAUUCAACCUUCAACUUUAUAGGACAAACAUAGACUUUCUUUGUGUCUCGUUAUGAUUUUACAGCCAAGUUUUUACUUUCAUUGCUUUAUGAUGAACUGUUGAAAACAUUAUUUUGAAUAUUUAAAAGCAAAAUUUAUUGCAACAUUGAGGAGGACUUCUUUCAUGUUCAUGUGCAAUAUUGCUAGAAAUUUGGUCUCUAGCAUGAUAAAUAGUUAAGUUACUUUUUCGCUCGAUUGUAAAUGUUUUGCAAAUGACAGUUGGAAGAAUAGUUCAUUUUCACUAGAUAACUGGAGAAUCAUUUGAUUCAUAGCCUUGAUGAUCAUCCUGAUAGAGUACAAGACUCAUAUUUUUUUUAAACUGAUGUGUAAUGGUCUGUUGAAUGUCACUCAAUACUAACAGUAUGGUAAACAGUAUUCAGCAAUGUUUUUAGAUUGUAGAUAGAACACAUGUAUAAUGUAAUAUUUAUUGUAACAUUUUGUGUAUAGUAAGUGUAAUGAAAAUUGAUAUAUAAACAAUAAUAAAAGUUUUUAACAUGCACUAGAACAUCAUUCUCAGUGGUCCUCUGAAAAUAUUACUUAAACAGUUCCAGUCAGCUGAACAAGAUGGCCACUAAAGCUAUAAAACCUUUAACAACAUCAUUGUUCUUCUGAAACAAAUUGAAACUGUACAGGUACAGAAUUGAACUUUAAUAUCAGUCAUCCUAGAUUUUAACCAUGUAUCUGCCAAUCAUUCAUAUUAAUCAAUAUUAAUUGAUCCCCAUCAUGUAGGGCCUUUAUAGUCAGGGGCUAGCAUGGAAAACUGCCAAUUUGAGCCAUAUAUAAAAAAAUCAUUACAUUGGAAUGAAACACAGCAAGGAGGUAUAUAAUAGAAAGAAAAUAAUGCUUUAAUAUUUAAAAGAUCUAAACAGGCAUUUUUGAGUUAUGACCCAUAAUUAUUUUUUAAAAAAAGACCAAAUUUUACAAAAGUCAUUUAUUUUAUUGUAAUAAAACUCAGCAUGUAUGUAUCUGAUGGGAAGUAAAUGAUCAUCAAAUGCCAUACAUGCCAUAACCUCCCGGACGUCCGGGAAAGUCCCGGAAAUAAGGUGUCUGUCCCGGAGAGGAUUUAUGUCCCGGUAAGAAUUAAAAAUUCUUUGCAGCCAGAAAUUUUACAUUUUUAUGUAAUCUUAUUGUCCAGCUAUAAAAACAUUCUUUUUGAAAAGAAGUUAGAAAAAAUUGAAACAUAUAACCUUUUAAAAAAUUUAAAAUAGAAAUUUUGUAAAAGAUAAGUUUUUUUACACUGAUGUGCUAGAUUUUAAUAUGUCUUAUCAUGUGUAUAAGGAAAUGAUCAACAUAUUUAGUACAAUCGAGGUACAUUUAUAUUAUUAAAUUAUGGUCCUAAGUUAUGCUUACAAGAAAAAAGUCCAUUUAAUGUCCGGGAUUGAACAUCAUGGUUUUAUUGUAAUCAAAAUUGGCUUUAAUGUAUAUAGAUGAAGGCAUAGUAAAUCUUAAAGAUCAUAAUAAUUUACAAGUUUUUUUUUAAGAUGCAAAAAUUUCUGUCCAGAAAGUAGAAUGCACCUGUUACUUCCCUUUUAUAAUAUUUUGUAUUACACAAUUUUUAAAAAAAGAACAUAAAUGUAACUAUACUGUAGGACUGCAAUGUUUUAAAUUUUUAGUAUCUUUAAAGAGAUUCUAUUUAAUUUUCUUGUAUGAGCUUUAAUUUAUCCUGCUCCCUGAAGGGUGAGCAUAUAGUUGCCGCUUUGUCCGGACAUAACUUUGUAACAACAAGAGGUAUCAACAUGAAACUUUGUAUGUGAAUCGAUAUCAUUGGGUCGAUGAGCAGUGCAAAGAACAGUAACUCUGUUUUGCCUAGGUUUGGAAUUAUUUCACUUUGAACUUUGUCUAGGACAUAACUCUGAAACUACAAGAGGUUUACUUUUCUGUGUCCAAAUCCUAUUCGGGGAGCAUCAUCCAGUUCUUGUUUAUACAGGUAUAUUUCUCAGUAUCUAUACAAAUAAAAGUUAAGUAAAAAGUUAAUUAUUAAAUUAUGUUAAAGAUAAAUUCCUGGUCUAAUUGAAUUCAGUGUAUAAAUUUGCUUGCUUCACUACACUUUCAUCCUAUAAUUGUAAUUUUUAGUAAAUGACAUUACACAAUUUCAUAAUGAUACAUUUUUGGUGGUAAUUCUUGUAAUACAUGUACUAUCUCAAAAGGAUGUCAUUUACUUAUGUCUUAUAUGUUAUUUUGAUUUGACGCUUUUUAAUAUCAUGGGGAUUGUGUCAUUAUAAGUAAAGCUACCAAAUUAUUUUUCACUUCUAUUAUAUACUUCCAAUUACUUACAGCUUUUUGUGUAGUGGUUUUUUGGUAUGGCUUGGAAUAUCAAUUCAAUGAACUUUCUUGUUAUUUUUAUUUGCAUAGUUAAAGAUAAUUUAAUUAUACAAAGGCUAUUCCUUUAAUUUCAUUUGGUAUAUGCACAACAUAAUGAGCUUCAUAAAUCUGUUAUUACUGACAUAAAAUAAUGAUUAAGUUUGUUGUCAAUUCUAUAUAUCAUAAAGUAAAGAAGAUAAUAUAAUUAUAUAUGUUAAACACAUGUACUGCACUAAAAUAUAUGUAAACAAAUGCUAUUAUUGAAUAAAUCAUUGUAAAAAAAUGAAACUGAACAAAAA